AUGGCGUCCUAUUUCUCCUACCUCACCUCCAACUCGGCGUCAACUGCACGACCAUCGUCACAGGGUGCAGGCACCCCCGGCGCCACUUCGACGUGGUCGAGCACCCUUUCCUCACGGUUUGCGACGCUGCGGAAGGCUCUGACAACCAGAGACUCGGAAGAAGACGAUCCGGACAACGAAGAUUGCUCACACAUUUCGAACGUCUUGCGCGCAUAUUACACAGAAAAAGGACGCCCCUUUCCCGAGUGGCUGCCACCUGAUCCCAAAAAGCCCGUAGCCGCACCUCCUCUUCAGCCGCAGGGCUCCUAUGGGCAGUAUGCCAAUGCAUAUGGCUCGCAGUACGAUAACCCGCAAACACACUCAAGAGGGCCGUCUGGGGGCCGCGGCGGAGGACUUUCGGAUCUGUGGGAUCCUGCUCCUGCGCCUGUUGCUCCUCCGGCUCAGAGUCUUCGAGCUGGUCGACCAACGCCACACUCUUUGCGUUCGAAUGAUUCUGCGCGAUCGCCGUCAACCAGCAGUGGCGGAACGACGCCUUUGACACAACCCGGCCCCAGUGCCCGGCCUCUCCCAAGCCAGAGGGCUGGAAGCUACCAAACCAACCCCGCUACAAAUGCCGGGGCCCUAGGGUCCCGUGAUCGACUCCGCGCUCGGUUGCAGGGCGGCGGCAGUGGACGAAACAGUCCAUCGGGUGGUUUGAGCAGUGGGGGAAGUGGCAGCCAGGCGUCUUAUGGUCCGUCGGGCGGAAAUCUAACCCAUCAUCCGCCUCCUCGUACCGGGUCUUCUCAGCCCUAUAUUUCAGCCUCAGAGCCUUGGGCGACGGGCGGAGAUGAUCCUUAUGCGUACAACUACAGUAGCGGUGGAGGAGGUUCGAACCCGUAUGGCACCCAGGACUACCGCCAGCGCCCCGGAGGCCCCAGGUGA